AUGGAGACGCCUGAAGCUGCCAGGUCUGACCCCAAGUGGGUCGAUUGCAUGACGUUGGCGUUCCCGCGGGAGUUGCCCAUGCAGUACGAGUUCGAGGAGCUGAGGUUCUACGUGCGCGCGUGCUACCCCCAUUACUACAACCUCAUUACUCGAAUGCUCAAUUCAAAGAGGGCAAAGGUGGUCACAGUGACUGACAAUCCAGGCAUCGGCAAGUCCUUAUUCUACGCUUACUUCUUCCUGCGCUACAGAGCCGAGAACGAGGCUACUUCAAUCAUCACGAUAUCGUUCGCAAAAGAAAACAACGCGUCCGUACUGAAGGAGGUGGUCGUCUGGAAAGGUGACAGGGUGGUAGCUGCCACAAGCAACUCACUGGCGAUAGGCAACUUGAUUGAGAAGGCCGAGAAAGAAGCGAAGUCCAACGUGAUUCACCUGUACAAUGGCUCGCCUAAAAUCGCUGCAGCGAGCGCUCGAGCGGUGUGCUUCACAAGCUCAGACAAAUCGUGGUUUGACCACAUCAAGAAGAGCCAAUACCGGCCAAAACUGUUCAUGCCGCUGUGGGAUCUUCGGGAGCUUCAAACCGCCGCAAAAGCGCUCCAUCUCUCCGUUCUCGGAGGCGACGAGAGUCCCAAAGCGUUAAAUCAGGACGAAGUCGAGGUGCGUUUUAUUACCUUUGGUGGCAUUGUGCGCGAGUAUCUGGCCAGCGACCAAGAUUUCGUCUACCAACGGCAGCACGAUAUCGAAAAGAUGGUUGGGCAGUUCAACGAUGCCGGCAUCGCGCGGCGUCUUCUGCAGGAUUUGGAAUCUGAGAUGGUCCUCGGCUGCUAG